AUGGAUCUGAUUUGUGAUGUGCUACGCAUGAAAUUAAGAGGACAUCAACAUCGCCUUCUGUAUUUUGAUAAAGAGUUGAAAUAUUUACAGGACCUUAUCACAUCCACAGUUUCAAAAGGUGAAAGUAGCUCUAUAUUGAUAAUUGGUAGAAGAGGUGUUGGUAAACAUCAUCUAAUCAAAGAAGCAAUAAAGAAAGCAAGAGAAAACUCAAAUAUUGGCUCUGGGAUUUCUGAAGUUUACUUAAACGGUUUAAUUCAUACAGACGACCGUUCUGCAAUGAAAUCACUAGCUAAACAACUACAUAAUGAAGCCCUAUUAAAUAAUCUAGUCAAUUCAGACUGUAAUCCAGCUUCUGAUUUUCACAACAGUAUGAAAAAUUUGCCUUUUUCUCAACAGCUCAAUUUAUUCUUAAAUGAGGUCCGUCAAAAUCAUGAAACUCGAAAAGCUGUUCUAAUUGUCCUGAGUGAAUUUGAUCUUUUUGCUUUACAUCAUAAUCAGUUGUUGUUGUACAAUUUAUUCGAUUGUUGUCAAUCUCCUGAAUCUCGUAUUUGUAUCAUCGGACUAACAUGCCGUUUAGAUGUUAUGGAAUUAUUAGAAAAACGAGUUAAAUCAAGAUUCUCGCACCGUCAAAUUUAUCUUACAUCACCUGGAGCACCAAUUGAGAAUACUGAUUCCUAUGCAUCUGACAACAACGACAGUAACAAUAAUUCACGAUCUGAACCAUUUAAACGAUUUUGUGAAAUUUGUAAACACUUGUUAAGUGUUGAUAUUCAUGAUCUACCACCACAAUUAUCACCAUUAUUGUGUAAAUCUAACUCUAAAGGGUAUCAUGAAUUAGAGUUGUCAAUUAAAUCGUGGAAUCAUCAUAUUACAAAAUUAAUGGUUGAUGAAAUUGUAAUUGAUUCGUUAAGACAAGCAUGGUCUAUUUCAGUGAGCAUUAAACGUUUGGUCAAAUUGUUGAUUCCAAUAGUUGCUUCGCUUGGACCUGAACACGAUCGUAUUGAACCAGUGCAAUUUAUAGAAUCUUUAUGUACAUUACAACAAGAUUCAAAGCUCACUGCACUGAAGGGUUGUUCCGUAUUGGAGCUAUUUUUAAUAACUGCCAUGGUCAAACUUCAAGAUAUGAAUGAUGGAAAACCGGUUAACUUUGAGAGUUUGUAUUCUGAAUACUUAAAGUUUUGUCGUUCCAAUUGUCCUGGUCAUUUAUACGAUAAACCGGUUGUUAUGAAAGCAUUAGACAAUCUGAUUGACUUUGAACUGAUUAUAUCUGGUAAAGCUGCAAUCACUGCAUCCAUUGGUCUAUCGACCGCUGGAUCCAACAAUAAGGCCAUUUGGAGUUCAUCAUCUACUUUACCAAAUUAUCGUCCAUUAUUUUGUUAUGUAGACAGUGAUAUUCUCACCGCUUGUUUAGAUACUUAUCCGAAUUGUCCAGUUGAAUUGCGAUAUUGGAUACAUUCAAGGACGUUUUGA